AUGGAGAGUUACAAGAAAAUAGACCACCACUAUCACAUGGACAACAACCAGCAGGACCAUCAGAACCAAUUAACUACCCACAACCCAAUGGAGAGGCACAAGAAAAUAGACCACAACCACCACAUGGACAAACACAACAAGCAGGACCAUCACAAUCUAUUAACUACCCACAACCAAAUGGAGAGGCACAAGAAAAUAGACCACCACUAUCACAUGGAGAACCACAACCAGCAGGACCAUCACAACCAAUUAACAACCCACAACCAAAUGGAGAGGCACAAGAAAAUAGACCACCACUAUCACAUGGACAACAACCAGCAGGACCAUCACAACCAAUUAACUACCCACAACCAAAUGGAGAGUUACAAGAAAAUAGACCACCACUAUCACAUGGACAACAACCAGCAGGACCAUCACAACCAAUUAACUACCCACAACCCAAUGGAGAGGCACAAGAAAAUAGACCACAACCACCACAUGGACAAACACAACAAGCAGGACCAUCACAAUCUAUUAACUACCCACAACCAAAUGGAGAGGCACAAGAAAAUAGACCACCACUAUCACAUGGAGAACCACAACCAGCAGGACCAUCACAACCAAUUAACAACCCACAACCAAAUGGAGAGGCACAAGAAAAUAGACCACCACUAUCACAUGGACAACAACCAGCAGGACCAUCACAACCAAAUAACUACCCACAACCCAAUGGAGUAA